UCCACUUUCUCAAAUCGCAAGGUCCAAAACCCUAAAACCUUCGCCCCACCUUGACCUCCCCUUCUGCUUCCCUCCUCCCCGGCAAUGGCGUCGCGCCUCCGCUCCUUCUCCCGCCCCGUCGCUGCCGCCUUCCUCCGCCCGGCCGCCACCCGGAGCCCCGCCGCCUCUCUCCCACGCUCCCUCGCUCCGAUCCCCAGGGCUUCGUCCCUGGGGCGGAGAUUGGCGCUGGCACGGUCGCUGCAGCCGCUGCAUAGCGCUGUCUCGGCGGCGAGGCUGACGUCGCGGCUUGGGGCGGAGGUGGCGCGGGCCGUGUCGCAGGCCAAAAAAUGGAUCGGCAAAACGCAAGGUCCACCUCCACCUUUCCCUGCCGUGCUGCCCUGGAUUCUUCAGAGACCGGUCUCAGUGUGCCUCGAUAAUGAAAGAAAAAACCUGGUCCAGGUGACCUGGGGAUGGCCGCAGCAGCAAGACUUUGUUUACUUGGUUUUCAUUAGGUGACUAUCUGUUCAAUGGCAUUAUAUUCUAUGUACUAAUGGCCCACCCGUGACUUCAUAACUUAAGUGAAAGCAACUACGUCUUUCAUUUUACAUAAAAGAAGCAAAUGCUUCAUUCACCACAUGAGGCAAAGAUUUAACUGAGCUAUCGUUUCAAAACUUUCUUAUUAAGUUUGAUGAACUGUUGCUCUA